AUGCUUAAUUGUCUUUAUUGUUCAGAAUACGAACAAGAUUUCGAUCCCGACGGGUAUCCCGGUGAAUAUUGUAGUGAUGAAUGUCGUAGGAAAGCUUUAAGUUCAGGAUUUACGAAACCCUGUAUACAUUGCAAGGAAUUUGCUAAACUUGAAUCGAGCCAAUAUUGUGGCUGGUUUCAAUGUAGAAAUGUAUCAGAGUGCACGUUAAAGUGUAUUACUUGUAAAGUAAAUGCGGAUAAGGAUUUGUUUGUAAAUGACGUUACGAUGUUAAAUUCUUUAUGGUGUUCUAAACGAUGUCGAAACAUGACACAUAAUUGGAAAUCCUUGGUGAAGAGUCAAGAAUUAUGUUUGAAAUGUAAAGAAGAAUAUACACCUUUUAAGAAAGAAUUUUGUGUAGAAUGUGAAGAUUGGGUUAAAGAGAACGGACCUUGUGUGAUUAAGCUUUCUAAACACAGUGACAAGUAUGAAGAUGUUUCUAAUCAAUUUGAAUAUUCUUGGAAACACGUGAGCAAGGCUUUACCAAGAAUACAUACAAUUUACAAAAUUUUUCCCGAUGAACAAAUUAAAUCACUGUACAACGUGCAUCGAAAUUAUAUUGAAAAAUUAAGAAAACUUGAGGGUAGACCAUUUCCCAAAGGUGAUGGCAAACGUCUAAUGACAAAAGGAAAUGAGCAACGUAGAUUUCAUGGAACAAAAAUGGAAUGUCGUUUGGGGGUUGAGACGGAUGCGCUCUGUUCAAAUUCAAAUUGUGCAGUAUGUAGAAUAAUAACGGAAGGAUAUAAAUUAGAUUUUGCAAAAUCAUCUAGAUUUGGAUGUCAAAAAUUUGGGGAAGGAAUUUAUUUUUCAGGGACAUCAUCAAAAUCUGACGAUUUCAAUAGCAAAUCUUUAAUAACUUCCGAAGGUAUAAAGUAUAAAGUAAUGUUUUUAAAUAAGGUAAUUGUUGGUAGAACUUUUGAAUUAACUCAAGCUGACAAAACUCUAACGGGCCCUCCGAAUAAUUAUGAUAGCAUUGUUGGUGAACCUGGUACUUUACUUAAUUAUGACGAAUUGGUUGUAUAUGAUGAAUCUGCUUGUAUUCCUCAAUAUCUUAUUGUUUAUGAAAAAAGCAAAAAAAUUAAAGUGAAGAAAAAUUUGUUAAUAAAUUGA